AUAUUAUUAUUUAUUCCAAAUCUUUUGGGCAUGUCAAGUGGGACCUGUCACCCUUUCCUCAUCACUCCAGCUCAAUCCUCUUCACCAUAGCCCAUAACUUCUACUACAAUUUAUUUUCUCAUAUAAAAUAUUUUAUUUGCCAUGAGCCAAAUUUUAAUUGGAGAAUUUUGAUAUCACCUUAGUUUUUCUUUUUUUCUAGAUAUAUAUAUAUAUAUAGCCAACUUCUUCUCAGAUUUAUUCAUUUCUUUCUUUUCAAAUUACAAGGAAUGACGACGAUGAUGAGUUUUUACAAAAAGAGUCUCCACUCAUUCUUAUCCUUCACCGACAACCUUUCUUCCAAAACUUCACCACCUUUCAAUAACUCUAAUCCCCACCUUGAAUUACACCAUGCCUUAGGCUUAGGAUUGAUUAACUCCGAUCAUACCAAUGCCACGCAAUUCAAUAAAUCUCCAAAUAUUCUUGAAUCUUCCUCCCUCAUUAAACCUUCUCUUUCCUCGUCCAGAAAAGACCCCGGUGGGGUCGGUUUCAUCGACGAUGUUGGCGGCGGCGUCGACGGGUUGAUGUCGUGCACUGAGAGCCUUGGAUUUGAGAGCUCCGAUGAGAGAUUGGUGAAUGAUGAAUUGACGACGAUGGAGGAUAAUUGCGGCGGGUGGUGUAUGUCGAGGGUGCGGCGGAGGAAGGUGGUGGCGGAAGAGAGGAAGUUUCCACCACCGUUGACGUCGCUGAAUCAACAUGGACAUCCGAAUUUUUAUCUCCGGUCAGUGAGGAAAGAUGGGAGAUUGGAGCUGACGGAGGUUAGGAUCGAACGGACCGAGAUUCUUCGAGCGUGUCGUGGAGAUGGACGGUUGAGAUUGCAUCUUAUCAAAGAUGAAGAACAAGGAGAAAAAGAUGGCGGCGACAGGGAGAAGGAAGGUGGGAUUGAAGAGGAGGAGGAGAAAGACGAAAAGGAAGAGGAAGAAGAAGAAGUGGAGGGGUUAGUGAAGGAAGGAAAAAUGGAAUUUAGGCGAUGUGUGGAGAUGAUAAAGCACCAGCGUCGCCAUGAGCACCACCGUAGCCACCACCAGCAUUUGGAUGUGUGGAGACAGCACUGCGUUACAACAAGUUAAGAAUUAUUUUUUAUAAGUUAAGUCGGUAGAAUUAAGUAAUUAAUGAAAGCGGUGGGUGUGCAUAAACAAUGAGAAAUUAUUAUUAUUAUUAUUAUCAUCAUCAUCAUUAUUAUUAUUAAUUUGUGUGGAAUGUCAAUUUACCAAUAUCUUUACAUUCCUUUUCUUCUUUUAAAAAAUGUCAUUUUUUUUCCUUCUUCUUGGCUCUAGAUAAUUGGAAUAUCAUGUAAUGCAAACUCCAAGAUGAAAUUCCCCCA